AUGAAGGAAAAAGGCGAAGUGUUGGAUAAGCUUGAUGCUGGAAUGGGACCUGUUGCCGUUGGAAACUUGUUCAACAUUAGUGAGUCUACUGUUAGAGUAAUAAGAGCGAAACGUGAGGAAAUAAAACGUUUCCUGAAAGACGCUCGAGGGAGCUCUGUGAUUCAAGUUGCUCACAUCACGCAUCCUACAAGCAAGUUGAUGGUAACAACAGAACACUAUUUGAAGAAAUAUAUUGUUGACAAAAAUGACCGAAAUGUGUGCAUAUCUUCUGGUAAGGUAAGACAGAAGGCUAGAGAAAUAUAUGCUGCAGUGGCACGUAAGUUAAACAUUGACAAUCCUCCACCUUUCUCUGCUAGUAAUGGCUGGUUCUCAAGGUUCAAAAAAAGACACUCGUUCAAGAGGGCACGAUGUCUGGGUGAAACAGCAGACGCAUCUACAGAAGAGGUGGAAAGUUUCAUUGGUGUCUUGAAACAGAUGAUUGAGGACGGCGGUUACGAUCUCCGUCAAAUAUUCAACGCCGAUGAAACUGGGUUUCACUGGAAACAACAACCAAAAUCAACCAUAAUCGCCAAAGAAAGGAAGCCCAGAGGGCACAAGGAAAGUAAGCAACGCUUCAGUGUUCUUUUUACGGUCAAUGCAACUGGAGACUGUAAAAUGAAGCCACUUGUUCUGUACACCGCUGCCCGCCCUCACCCUUAUCGUAACAAGGACGUGAAAAAUCUGAAUGUUUUGAAAUAA